AUGCCAGAGCCACCCAAAUGUAGAAUAGCCCAGCCGUUGCCAUAUACGCAUCCCCACUUAUUUCCCAUCGAUUUCCGCCGCGGGACCGAUCCGAAGCACGGCGGCGGCGUCGCAACUGAUCAUCUCACGCCCGGUAUACCCACAGAUGAGUACCAGCAAAGAAGGCGCAUAUUAAUGGAUCGUCUUCCUAGCAACAGCAUUGUUGUGCUGAUGGGAGGCAGGAUCAAGUAUAUGAGCAGGAAUAUCUUCUACAAGUUUCGGCAGGAAUCAAAUUUCUGGUACCUCACUGGACUGCAGGAGCCCGAUUGUGCACUGAUCCUCCUCAAGGACAACAGCCCACGCGGCUACAAAAUGACGCUUUUUGUGGAGCCCAACAGACCUGAUCGAGAGGUAUGGGAUGGUCCCAGUGCGGGUCUUGACGGUGCAGUCAGCGUCUUUGGCGCAGACGAAGCGCUGCCGAACGACCCUGCCACCAUGCUGACCACAUUAAAAGCCAUGCUCUCUUCGCAUGAACACGUGUAUGUCGACUUGCCGGCACAGAUGACUAUUCCCCGUCAAAGCAUGCGCACAUCGCGCUUUUCCAUCCACGAUUUCCUAGCGCCGAUAUCGCCCACGGGCUACGACCUGUUCACGCGGAAGACUGAUUUUGAGAGUGUGGUCAAGCUGCUGAGCGAUCGGCGCAACACACACUCGCUCGUGCGUGAGAUGGAUGUUUUGCGAAGCCGUAAGAGUGCCAAUGAGAUCCGUGUGAUGCGGCACGCAGGUGCGAUCAGCGGGGCUGCCAUGGCCGAAACGAUGCGCGCCAUCAAGCCCGGGAUGGUGGAGAGUGAAGGGCAGGCGGUGUUUGAGUAUGCAUGUGCAAGGCGCGGCGCUGAGCGGCAGGCGUAUGUGCCAGUGUUUGCCUCCGGCCGGAAUGCGCUCAUGAUUCAUUACGUGCGCAACGAUGCGUUGAUGGGCGACCGCGACGUGCUCUCCGUCGAUGCUGGCUGCGAGUUUGCAGGCUACGCUUCAGACAUUACCCGCACAAUGCCGAUUGCAGAGGACGGGAAAUUUACGCCUGCACAGCGCGAUGUGUACGAAGCGCUGCUGCGCACACUGAAAGGCUGUACAGAGCUUGUCGCUGCGAAGCACGGCUAUUCGCUUGCACAGCUGCAUCGCUUUUCUGUACAGAUGCUCCAUACCGAACUCAAGGAUCUGGGCUUCCAGAUAAGCACAGCCACGCUCGAGCGUGUCCUUUACCCGCACUAUGUUGGUCACUGGCUCGGUAUCGAUUUGCACGACACGAGUACGGUGGAGCGGUGCACAAAAUUAGAGGAAGGAAUGGUGCUCACCAUCGAGCCCGGCAUUUACAUACCCGAUGACCCCGCCUUUCCGAAACUUUACCGCGGUAUCGGAAUGCGUGUGGAAGACGACGUAGCCGUCGGGUAUGGCGAGUCCAUUGUCCUGAGUGCGGAUGCGCCGAAAGAGGUGGUCGAUAUCGAGGCGGUCUCCAGUGGACGCAUAGUGCCGCGAAUGGGAUGA